CAAAGUCCGACCGAAAACGUGGAGAGCCAAACACGGCGCACUCUCCAUUUCUCGUUUUCGGGGGAAAAAAAAGAAAUGGAAAAACAAAAAACGGAAAACCAGCAGCUCUACUCUACACAGUGUUCUCUCUGCUCCUCCGACCGAUAUCGUAAUCGGCGACAAUCGGAGAAGAGAAGCGACCGGAAGUAGAGCCGGCGACAUCUCACGGCGGCUCAGCGGCACCGACACGCGGCCCUCCUCCGCUCUGCUCUCGGCUAGAGCUCAGCAGCCGGCUUGUCGGCCUGGCCAUGGGAGCACCAGCUUGGGGGGGCUCAUGUCGAGCUUUGUUUCUCGAGGCUUUAGCUCCACUGUCGGAUCCCCGCGGAGUAAUUUUAGUUCCGAGCCGUCUGAGCUUGUAGUGCUUCUUCCCGCUCAGUUUUCAGUUCUCCUCCGAGCUGCGAUCUCGUAGAUCUGAGGUGUCGUCGUGUCCGGCAAACUUCGGUGAUGUCGGUGCUCCGAGGUUUCUCCGCCGCCGGAAUAUCUGUGGAUCUCCUGUGCUCCCUUCUGAAUCUGUUGGCUGUCUUCUGCAUUGUUUCAUUGAGUGAUGCCAGUGUGACUUCGCAAGCUAUCCCUGAUAUUCCCUUGCGAGCUAAUGUACCGACCCAUAGAACAUGGACGAAACAUGUCUCCCCUCUGAGAGCACCAGGACCUGGUUUUGUCAUAUCACCAGCACAUCCACCUCACUAUGGCCCCUUGAUUACUUCUGUUCAUCCUCCUGCAAGUUCUCAUCUGUCCAGGCCAUCAAUGAAGAGCAGCAGUCUAGUGCCUCCACCAGUUGGCAUGCAAGACAUUGCCCCUUCUCAGUACGUUCCCGGUGCCGUUCCUGGUGAUUUAGCUGAGCCUCCACUGACACCUUAUGCCUCACAUUGUUGCAAACCAGACAUGGUGUUGAAACGAGGGGUUCAAGGUUGUCACUGUGUCUAUCCCAUAAAGCUUGAUCUCUUGCUUCUGAAUAUUUCCCAGAAUCCGGAUUGGAAUAUUUUUCUUGAAGAUUUUGCUUCACAGCUAGGAUUACGAGUGUCUCAGAUAGAGUUGAUAAAUUUCUAUGUAAUUACCUUAUCAAGUUUAAAUAUCUCAAUGGAUAUUACUCCGCACACGGGAAUGGGUUUCUCUGAAAGUGAUGCUUCUGCUAUAAAUUCUUCACUUUCUCUGCACAAAGUCCAUCUACGCCCUUCAUUAGUGGGUGAAUAUGAACUUCUCAACUUCACCUGGUUCAAGCCACCUCCACUUUCUCAAGCUCCUCUUGUGGCAACAUCGCCUAUAGCAGCGCGACCACAUCAGUCUACUGCCAAGCCAUCUGCCACUUCGGAUGGAGAAAGUCAUUCCAAUCUGGUUUUUAUUAUCGGUAUUGCUGCUGGGAUUGCAAUUGUUCUUUCUAUAGCUAUGAUAAUUAUAUGUGCAUGCAAAUUCAGACGAGGAAAUACUAAAGCAUCUGAGGAAGUCGGGGAUAAGGAUAUUGUGAAGCCAAGGACAGUGGAUGCAGUUCCACGAGCUGGAUCUCUUGCCCAUCCCCAUCCAUCCAGUACCCGAAUUCUUGCCUAUGAGGAACUUAAAGAAGCAACAAACAACUUCUCAUCUUCGAGUAUACUCGGAGAGGGCGGAUUCGGUAGAGUUUUCAAAGGAGUCUUAAGUGAUGGUACAGCUGUGGCAAUCAAGAGACUUACUAGUGGAGGUCAACAAGGUGAUAAGGAGUUCCUGGUUGAGGUUGAAAUGCUGAGCAGACUCCAUCACCGUAAUCUUGUUAAACUCGUGGGUUAUUAUAGCAGCCUGGACUCUUCACAAAACCUUCUAUGCUAUGAGCUCGUCCCAAAUGGAAGUUUAGAGUCCUGGCUUCAUGGUCACUUGGGAGUCAAUUGUCCCUUGGACUGGGAUACAAGAAUGAAGAUUGCUCUUGAUGCUGCGAGAGGGCUCGCGUACUUACAUGAGGACUCACAGCCUUGUGUUAUCCACCGAGACUUCAAGGCGUCAAAUAUAUUGCUCGAGAAUAAUUUCCAUGCUAAAGUUGCCGAUUUCGGCCUUGCUAAACAGGCGCCUGAAGGCAGGGCAAAUUACCUGUCUACUCGUGUAAUGGGUACAUUUGGGUACGUGGCCCCUGAGUACGCAAUGACGGGUCAUCUGCUGGUGAAGAGCGAUGUUUACAGUUAUGGGGUUGUGCUAUUGGAGUUGCUUACUGGUAGGAAGCCCGUAGACAUGUCACAGCCUUCAGGACAGGAGAAUCUCGUCACUUGGGCAAGGCCAAUCCUCAGAGAUAAGGACCGGUUAGAUGAGCUCGCUGAUCCCAGGCUCGGAGGGAAGUACCCGAAGGAAGACUUUGUUCGCGUCUGCACAAUCGCAGCGGCUUGUGUGGCUCCAGAAGCGAGCCAGAGGCCGACAAUGGGCGAAGUGGUACAAUCACUGAAGAUGGUACAGCGAGUAACAGAGUAUCAGGACACUACGUUGCCUUCUGCAACCAAUACGAGACCAAAUAUGAGGCAGUCAUCCACUACAUUCGAGUCCGAUGGGACAUCUUCUAUCUUCUCCUCAGGUCCUUACUCUGGCUUCAGUGCCUUCGAUAAUGAUAACCUCUCUAGAACCGUGGUUUUCUCGGAAGAUCUUCAUGAAGGACGAUGAAAAAUUAUCGGUGUUUUCCGAUUUUCUUUAUUUCUAUUUUGACUGUUAGUCGCCGUGAGAAGAUUGAGAAUUUUUUAAGGGGGUAACCGGCAGGAAAUUCCGGUACUUUUAGGUCUAUUUCAAAUCUAUUACAGCCUUUACGUUUUCAAUGAAAAGCUCACGAUUUGUUGGAAUCAACACAAAUCUGGCAAUAACCUGUCAAUUCGAGCUUCUUGUCUGGAAAAGCUGAUGAACUAACUAUGUAUGUUCGCUUAGAUAUGUUUUGCGUAUCGAAAGUCCAUGAAUAUUUCAUUCUGAAGUAACAUUCGAAGUAGAUCUGAAAUAGACCUCCACGUACAGGAUUUCUGGUGGUUAGCCCAUUCUUAGACAUGAGAUGGUUUUGAUUUUUCGUAGCGACUUAGCUUCAGGUUCUGUAGUUGUGCUUCUCUUUCUGGGUCGAGUGAGGGAUUCGGGAAGAAUAUUGAAGAGUGCCUUUCUUUUUCGUAUUGGUCCUGGUCGUUUCGGGAGUCUGCACCCUGGUUUGUGUUUCCUGUAUGCAGUGGUGGUUGGAUCUCGGAUGAAAUUUUUGUACAUAUUUAUUCUGUAAUUUGUUGCUUAUUAUCUUGGAUUUGUAUUGGCGAAGUUAGUACAUUUCUCUCAUUUCUCCAGUUAUGGUUGGCUAGUGCUAUCCUUACAGGAUUAUCUUGUUCGA